UUAACUGAAGGAACCUAGGCUAUAUAUAUGGUUAACUCAAGUUUAAGUCCCCACUCCUCCAUUGCUACAAAAAGUAUACAUAACAAAAAAAAAAGAAACAUUAAAAGAAAGAGAACACCUCAACAACAUAAUAUCCUGUAAAUUUGAUUAUAGCAAUAUAUACACAACUCUGCUUCGGGAUGAGUCAGCGUGUUCCAAACUACCACAUCGAUGAUACUCCAGCGGCCACCGUCCGCUCCACUAAAGCUGCAGAUAUCCCCUUGCUAGACUAUGAGGUAGCCGAGCUGACGUGGGAGAACGGGCAACUAGGGUUGCACGGCUUAUGUCCACCGCGGGUGCCUGCUCCGUCAAAAUACUCCACUGGCGCCGGUGGAACGUUGGAGUCAAUAGUGGACCAAGCUACUCGCUUCCCUAACCCUAAGCCCACCGAUGAGCUCGUCCCAUCGUUUCACCACCACUAUUCCAGGGUCGGCAUGGACGCGCUUGUCCCCGAGCAGCAGAGCCAGCCCGCCACCGGCGUUGGCUCGUGUAGCGAUGGUCAUCCCAUGGCUGGUGUGAAGCGAGCCAGAGUGGCGCCCGAGUGGAGCGCGAGCGGGAGUCAGCGCCUGACCAUUGACACCUACGGCUUCACCUCAACAUCGCUGGAUGAUAACUCCAGCUCCGGCGGGAAGCCUUUCACCAAAACCACCAACAUCGACGAUCAUGACUCCGUCUGCCACAGCCGCCCACAGGUGGAGGAAGAAGAAGAAGGGAAGCAAAUGGGAGGAAAAUCAUCAGCUUCAACCAAGAGAAGCAGAGCCGCUGCUAUUCACAACCAAUCCGAACGUAAGAGGAGAGAUAAGAUAAAUCAAAGGAUGAAGACGUUGCAGAAGCUGGUUCCCAAUUCCAGCAAGACGGAUAAAGCAUCCAUGUUGGAUGAAGUGAUAGAGUACUUGAAGCAACUCCAAGCACAAGUGUGCAUGAUGAGAAGAAUGAACAUGCCCUCCAUGAUGCUUCCGAUGGCCAUGCAACAGCAACAACAACAACUUCAACUAAAUCUCAUGUCCAGUUCCAUGGGCUUAGGGCUUCGAAUGGGGAUGCCUGGCCUAGGUCUUGUCGACCUUAGUUCUAUGAACCGAGCUGCUACUGCAACGGCUCCCAAUAUCCAUGCCAACAUGAUGCAGAACCCAUUUGUGCCCAUGACUUCUACAUCAUGGGAUGCCUCCUCUUCCACCGACCCUCGAUUCCAGUCUCCUCUUAUCCCCGAUCCUAUGUCAGCCUUUCUUGCAUGCUCCUCGCAGCCAACGACGAUGGAAGCAUAUAGCAGGAUGGCUGCUUUAUAUCAGCAAAUGCAGCAACAGCUUCCUCCUUCAAAUCCAAAAUGAUAUAUUAUUUCGACCUUACGUCUACAUGUGUUAUAAAUAUUGACAAUAUAUGCAUAUUCCAUUGUAUUUUAAUUUGUAUGUAUAGGCUACACAUGAACUAUGAUUUACCUUUUAAAACCCUAAAAAGGAUCUGUUGUAUCUGAAUAUUGUCCGAGAAAAUAAUUAUUAUGUUUGAGUGAAUUGGUAACCUCACUCUAAA